AUGACCUUGGAUCGGUUGGAAACUUUAAGCUGCACUUGGUUUAGGUUGUUUUUCUACCAAAACAAUUAUAUGUUCACCUUUUGUCUUACUCUGCUAGUACAGUCUAAAACCAAUUCUUCAUGACUGGCUGUUAUUGUUCAUAAUAUUCAAAUGCCUUUAGUUAUACUUGCAGGCCUAAUGCUCUGAAAAUGAAGCACAGCAGAUCUUCAGAUGAUCACUUUCCUAAUAGAGGUGGGAAAUGUAGAAAGCUUUCUGCCGGUGAAUCAUCAAGUAUAUCUGUCUAUCCUUUAGACGACUUAAUGAAAGCACGUGCUAAAUUUAUUCACCAGUGGAAUAUAUCAUUGUCCAACCAUGUUGUAGCGAAAUCGAUUAAAAGUGAUCAUUACAAACAUCCACCAAAUAUAACUAUGAAAAAUUUUCUACAAUAUCCUUUUCAUAAUGGUACAUCGGAAGUAACUUCAUUUCUUCAGACUACAAAAAACAUAGAUGCAACCCAAGUAAAGAAGUCUAAAGUUGGUGAACAAUCAUUUCAACAUCAAAAAAUUAAAAUCGAUUUCGAAAAUAUAUCUGAUGAGGACUUUAGGCGUGUUUGUAUGUUGCUCACUGAAAAGGCUUAUUUGUUUGAAGAAUCAUUACAAUUAGCUAAUCAACAUCAGUGCAUAUCAACGUUUCAUUUUAUUUGUGAUUAUUGUGACUUCAUUAGUAGAACAGAGUAUGAUGCUCAGAUACAUUUGGAACAAACAAAUCAUCGGACAUGCAGUAAAUAUUCACCUUGCUAUCAUUUAAGUGAUUGGAACGAGAUGUCAAGUGAGCUACAAAAGUCACGUGUUAUCGUCAACAAUUCAGACAGAGUCUACGGUUGGCGUGUUGGUGAUACAGUAGUAUGUUGUCCUACUUGCAACUUACCAUUUUUGGAUAAGAUUAUUUGUGCAUAUCACCAUUGCUUACAGCAUACUAAAAAUCAAUCUCUCUUUACUUACGGGAAAGUAUUGAAUGUAAGAAGUAUACAAAUUCGAAAACCACUAGUAUGUCCAGGUUGUCAACAAUAUUUCCAUACAUCAGACAAAAUUUUAAAUCAUUGGAUUGAUUCAUCUCGCUGUGAUUCACCGUUUCUAACGAUUUUAAACAACAAUGAUUGUUUAAAUCCUUGCUAUAUUCUCUCUGUAUCAUGUAACAUCUGUCAACGUACUUUUACAACAGUUCCAUCUUUGGAAGUAGAAGCUAAUCACCCUGGUCAAAAGAGAAAAUAUCCAUCGAAAAGAGAAAAUACUUACAGAUCACCAGCUACCUGGGCAAAAAAUUUCGGUCGCUUUUGUGUUAGUCAUGCUUUUGAACAUUUAAAUGAGAGUAGAUUUCCUUCAUGUAGCUUGAAUAUGCGGGUUAUCAGUGUUCCGAAAUCUGUUAAUAGUCUUCCUCCCAUCACCUCUGCAAAUUAUCCCAACAGAUUGCAUUUUAGCCUCAGUGAAUGUAAACGUCUAAUUUCAUAUCUUGAAAAUUGUGAAUGGAAAUAUCAUCUACUUAGACAAGCUCAGGAAAGCUUUAGAAAUUUCUUUGUGGACGCUAUGCUCUAUGUCUCGUGAACGGGUUUCUUUCCUGUACCCGCUCCAAGUAACCCCUUGUUUCGAAAUUUGUACUUAUAAUUCGCUUGUAUGAAUUUUGUAUAAUAAUAAUAAUAAUCUACAAUUGAUUUAAUAUUUCUUUUUAAUACCUUUCUCAGUAGAAGCUCUACUGAAUCCCGG